AUGGUGAUUGCCGGAGCUCCUGAGUCGUCGCCAGAGCUCGUUGCCGCCUGGUCGGCUGUCGUCGCCAAGCCUCCGUCGGGGCCCGAAAAGGUGACCAUGGCAACGAAGCCCCCUCUACCGCCGGCUCCGAAGCCUGUGACAACAGUCGCUGGAAAGACUCCUCCCCUCGUACCCGCGGAUCCCGUGAGCGGGACUGGCCCGGCUGCCCCUGUUGCUGCUCUGCCCGCUCCGGCUGAUGCUCCUGUCCCCCUCGCUCCCUUGGUUGCGCCGGCGGCGUCUGCUCCUGCUGGGGAGGUUGCUGAUCCCCCUGCUCCUGCCUCUGACGCACCCGUUGCGCCGGCCGCUUCUGUCCCCGACAUGCCUGUGCUGGUGUCUGCGUCGUCCCCGCAGGCGGCGUCCGCCACCACUGGCGGCCCGGCCCCGAUGGUUGAGGCUCCGGUCGUGGACCCACCUGCUCCUGCCGCACUGCCGGCGGCGCUGGAGGCGUAG